AUGUCGCAAAAUUUCUCUCCAGCAGACGUUGCGUCACAUAACAACGCCGAGAACGGCCUAUACAUAAUAAUCGAUAACAACGUCUAUGACGUGACCAAGUUCAUCGAUGAACACCCCGGCGGCGCAAAAAUUCUGAAGCGCGUUGCAGGAAAGGAUGCGUCGAAGCAGUUCUGGAAGUACCACAACGACUCAGUCUUGACGAAGUAUUCGCCCAAGUUGAAAAUCGGAGAGGUGAAGGAAGCUGCGAAGUUGUGA